CCAUUUCAUGCUGCAGCACAAGAAAGACGAUGGUUUUAGAACUUCAUGUAUGGGGUCCCGCCUUUGGACUUCCCUCUAUAGAUGCCGAGUGUGUAGGGACAAUAGCGUACUGUCAACGUGCCAUCCCCAAGGGAGAAUGGUCUCUCGUUGCUGGCCAUGACACAUCAAUUGGCUUUACAGAAAGCUUACCAAUACUAUAUGAUGAUGGAGUUGCAACAGCAACCGGUUUUGAGGAUAUUGUCGCAUAUCUACGCAAUUACCCGGCAGCCACCAACGAUCUCGAUGCUAGACUUACAACACAGCAACAGACCGACAGGACUGCUUUCAUUACAUUUCUCCAAUCCACCGCGACUCCUCUACUCGAUCUCUUGCUCUACGUCUCUGCAGAGAACUAUAACACCGCCACUUCUGCUGCCUAUACUGCGAUUCUCCCUUGGUACGCCAAUUACACCGUUCCACCGAAACGGCGAAAUCUAGCGAGAACACGGACAGCCCAUUUGGGUCUGGACAGCUUGGAUGUGGACACAACAGCUGAGGGAGGAUAUGCGCCAGGUCGAGGGACCGCGUCGGCAGAAUUUGAGGCUGCAAAACGGGCUGCUGGGCUACCAACAGACAGCAAGCCCAGCACUCUAAGUAUGGGUCGUGGUAGAGGUAUUGGAGGUUUCUUGGGUGCUCCAAUACAUGCAGCGCGGAUCAGGCUCGACGCUUUAUCGAAUGAGCUUCUGGAGCCACUAUCGGAGCUCUUGGGAGAGAAUGGCUACCUUCUCGGAGGAAAUCAGCCCUCCAGUCUGGACUGUCUCGCCUUUGGCUACCUGUCACUGAUGUUCUAUCCAGCAAUGCCCCAAGCAUGGCUAAAAGAGACAAUUGAGACGAAACACCCCCGCAUUGCCGCAUACAUUCGCAAGUUACGGCAGAAGCUCUUCUGCGCCGAAGAGAUCAAAGCCGACGACGUGUGGUCCAUUUCGACCCGCGCGAUAGACACGGAUUCUCAAGUAAGAAUUACACAGAAAGAUAUGUUCUUGCCGUGGCGGUCGAGGCUCCAACCGUUCUCUUCACACGCGCUGGCUGGGGUACGAGAGUUUUUUGGAAGCCUUCCUUGGGUCUCUUCAGUCUUGCGACGAGAUGUAGUCCUGCCCUCGGGGUCAUUAACCGACUUGAGACAUGUACGAUCAGCUCUUCCACCUCCCCUAUUUGUCAAUACUCUAUUCAUGCGCCAAUCUCGCGCGCCCACGGCGUCGCAGAUUCAGAACCCCCCGCCUCCGUCGUCCUCGACGAAGAGCGGGCGCUUCUUUGGCAAGGCCAACAUCGGCCAUACUUUCCGCCACAAGGCCGCGGGCGCCAUGGGACCUGAUCUCGCCAAGAAGCUUUCUUCUCUAGUGAAGAUGGAGAAGAACGUGAUGCGCAGCAUGGAGCUUGUUUCCAGGGAACGUAUGGAAGUGGCCCAACAACUUUCUAUUUGGGGCGAGGCUUGCGACGACGACGUGUCUGACGUCACGGACAAGCUUGGUGUAUUGAUCUAUGAAAUCGGCGAGCUUGAGGAUCAAUUCGUCGACCGCUAUGAUCAGUACCGCGUUACCAUCAAGAGCAUCCGCAACAUUGAAGCUUCGGUACAGCCUAGCCGUGAUCGCAAGCAGAAGAUUACCGACCAGAUCGCACAGCUCAAGUACAAGGAGCCUAAUUCACCUAAGAUUGUCGUUCUCGAGCAGGAACUCGUACGCGCUGAGGCCGAAUCUCUGGUCGCUGAAGCCCAGCUGUCGAACAUCACUCGUGAGAAACUCAAGGCUGCUUUCACCUACCAGUUCGAUGCUAUGCGCGAGCACUCCGAGAAGCUGGCCAUUAUCGCAGGCUAUGGCAAGCACCUCCUCGAGCUCGUUGACGAUACCCCGGUGACUCCCGGAGAGACGCGACAGGCGUAUGACGGAUAUGAGACUAGCAAAGCUAUCAUCCAAGACUGCGAAGAUGCCCUCACCAACUGGGUUACUCAGAACGCUUCCGUAUCCUCCAAGUUGUCGCAACGCUCCCGCACACUUUCCCAGCGCCGCCGUAACCGCGUUCAGGGCGAGGGCAUCGACCUUUCCGGUCAGGACCAGGAUCUUGACAACAGGGAGUCUGGUCUUUGGAUCCCUGCCACCCAGCACCAAGGUAAUGGCUACGAUGACGAGGAUGACAUUCACUCCACUAUCACCAGCGAGCAUCGUGGCAGAGAGGAUGAGAGGGCCCUCGCAUAAACGUCUUGUUGACGACCUGUGCAGCGAUCGGCUCUUUGUCUUCUAAUAGUGCGUCUGCGUCUCCGCGACACACGAUGUAUACCCCUGACGGAGCGUUUGACGGCGCAGCGGAUCUAUGUUCGACCUAUCAGUGCCACUUAGGCUUGGCUAUUUGAUGAAUGCGUUGGAUGAUGGCUUUGGACGACUACUUUUUAUUUACGGCGGACUCAGACCUCAAUCGGAUCUUGCGUACAUAAUUCUUUGUUUUAACGAGUUCACGACGUUGCAGGCUGGUCAUCUAUUUGAAUGUAACAGUCUCAUCGAGAUAAUAGUAGAACUACUUGCUCUAUACUGUGUCAUCCAUCUACGUGAUGUGGGGGUAAUGUCGACUUCGACAUUUCGACCGCUUCGUACGUUACUGUUCAAUGCAUGUAGCCAAUCAAUCC